GUAAACAAGGAGGUCACCCUAGUUUGUUCAUUCUUAUCUUGAGCAGAUUAAUAAGUAACCUCAUAUCUCAGUAGGGUUAGGGAGGCACUAUUGGCUAAUUUCAUCCAUGUGCUUUGGUAUCACAGCAUAUAAAUAAGCACGGAUUUACAGGUUCAACAUCAGGCUCUUCCGACAUUUCCUUUCUCUUCCUCAGCCCAGCAUGGAGCUCCUGGGAGUGACCACUAUUUUCUUGCUGAUCUGUGUCUCGUGCCUUCUUCUCGUUUCCACCUGGAGAAGCAUAUCACAAAAAGGGAAGCAACCUCCUGGCCCCAUCACACUCCCCCUUCUUGGAAACAUAUUCCAGCUGGACCUGUGGAACUUGCCUGAAAGCUUGAAGAAGCUCAGCGAGAAGUAUGGUCCUGUCUUCACCGUGUAUUUAGGCCCACAAAAGGUUGUGGUGCUGCAUGGGUAUGAUGUUGUGAAAGAAGCUCUGAUUGACCAGGCAGAUGAGUUCAGCGGGAGAGGCAGUCUACCACUGCUUAAAAAACUCUUCCAAGGCACAGGCAUCGUCACCAGCAAUGGGGAGACCUGGAGGCAGCUCCGACGAUUCGCACUCACCACCCUGCGGGAUUUUGGGAUGGGGAAGAAGAGCAUUGAGGAGCGAAUCCAGGAGGAAGCUCGUUUUCUGGUGGAGAGGAUCAAGAACAUGCACGAGCAACCCUUUAACCCUGGCAGCUUCCUGAUCCACGCUGUUUCCAACAUCAUCUGCUCCAUCGUCUUUGGGGAUCGGUUUGACUAUGAGGACAAGAAAUUUAUAACUUUAAUUGAGCUGCUAGAGGAAAACAACAGGCUUCAAAACUCUAUACACACACAGCUAUACAAUUUCUUCCCCACUCUCAUGGACCAUUUACCUGGACCUCAUCAACAACUGAUAAAAAAUGUUGAAAAAGUUGAUCAAUUCACUAUAGAAAUCAUAGAGGAACACCAGAAAACCCUGGAUCCCAGUUGUCCUCGAGAUUUUGUUGAUGCUUUUCUUAACAAAAUGGAACAGGAGAAAGGGAACAGUCACUCCGAAUUCACCGUUGAGACCUUGAGCAGAACCACUCUUGACUUGUUCCUGGCGGGAACGGGAACCACCAGCAUCACGCUGAGACAUGGAUUUCUGAUUCUGCAGAAAUACCCAGAGAUAGUAGAGAAAAUUCAGAAGGAGAUUGACAGUGUGAUUGGCCGAGACCGAAGCCCCUGCAUGGCAGAUCGGAGCCAGAUGCCCUACACAGACGCUGUGGUCCAUGAAAUCCAGAGAUUCAUUGACUUCCUUCCGCUUAAUGUCCCACAUACUGUGAUCAAAGACACCAAGUUCAGAGACUAUUUUAUUCCUAAGGACACUAUGAUAUUCCCUAUGCUGUCUCCCGUCCUACACGAUGGCAAGGAAUUUCCAAAUCCAGAAAAAUUCGACCCAGGACAUUUCCUGAAUGCAAAUGGGACCUUUAAAAAGAGUGACCACUUCAUGCCAUUUUCUGCAGGAAAACGCAUCUGUGCAGGAGAAGGCCUGGCCCGGAUGGAGCUAUUCAUAUUUUUUACAGCCAUCCUGCAGAACUUUACUUUGAAACCUGUUGUGGAUCCCAAGGACGUUGACAUUUCCCCACUAAUCAGUGCUUUGGCAAAUCUGCCCCGACCUUAUGAAGUCUCUUUCAUUCCACGUUAGCCAAGGGAAGGCAGUCACCAGCUCCCACACUCAUGAAAACUCAGGUUGAAUGCCAGCCAUUUCCCAGCCUGCCGAGAUUGAAACUCUUGGAUCAUUUGCUAGAUACUUCAUGGAGAGAAAUUUGCUUAGAAAAGAAAGCUGUACGGUGUUUUUAUAAUCACCACAGCCAGCUCUAAACAGAGACAGAGCAGGGAACUGCAUAGGGAAGGAGACAGGUCCUUGUGCAAAAUUAUAUCUACAGGCUCUCCUCUGUACCUACCUCUCCUCGCUCAGGUUCCUACCUGGCUCCCGAUGUCCUGAUGGUUCAGGGUCUGUACAGAUGCUCAUAAUCCUGAGUUUCCAGAGACUCUGCUUGAGGUACCUCUCUCCUCUGUAUUUUCAGUUUGUAUGUGACCUAUUUGUAAAGAGAAGCGUUAAAACAGUGUCAGGGGAAUUCUGUCAGAAGAUGAUAAUCUACUGUUUUCUUGCCCCAUUACAUGUUGUCUCUUGUGGUGGGGACGGAGUCUAUUGAUGACUGGUUAGAUGGAUCCUCUCCUGUGUGAUCAUAACGAAGGUUUGUGAAAUUAAAAUUUCAAUUACAAAAUAAAGAAAUAGC